AUGAGAGGAUUGGGAGCUCGCUUGGUUCUUGACGAUAAAGAGAAUUUCAAAAGGACCUACGGUAAUCUCCUAAGUAUUCUUAACACCGGAGUCAAUACAAUAGUUGUUCACACUCUGUUACAAUUCUAUGACCCUCUGUUGAGAUGCUUCACAUUCCAAUAUUAUCAGUUGCCUCCAACUUUGGAUGAGUGUUUACACAUUUUGGGGAUUGAGAUUCAGGAUGAGGUUCUGUUUGUCCGUGCAAAGGAGAUUCCUAAGUCUCAACAUCUAGCUGAAGUCCUUCACAUGGGGAAGAAAGAAGUGGAACUUAACCUUAAACCUAAGGGUGGGACCCAUGGUUUUUCCUUGAAGUUUCUGGUUGACAAGGUUAUUACCUUUGCUGAAGCUGAAAGUUGGAGUGCCUUCAACACUGUUUUUUCUUACAUCACAUAUGGGAUUGUGUUGUUCUCGAAUAUGGAAGACUUUGUGGAUUUGGCUUCUAUCUAUCUCUUCAUGGAUAAGAAUCUCGUUCCUACUCUUCUUGUUUAUACUUAUUAUUCUAUCCACGUAAGGAAUCAGAAGAGGAAAGGAACCAUCAUGUGUUGUAUCCUACUGCUAUAUAGAUGGUUUAUUUUGCAUCUAUCCAGCAAUGGUCCUUUCGUCGACAACAAAAGAAAUCUUAAACAGUCUCAAAGGAUCAUGUCUCUUAUAACUGAAGAUAUUUCCUGGUAUUCUAAAAGCUACGAACAUCAAGAUCAACCUGAAUUAUGGUAA